UGUUGUCUUGUCACUCUCGACUCUCUUACUUUGGUUUACCUUCGUCUCUUCAUUCUCUCUUUCGCCCUUCUCUGCCCUUCAAUCUUAAUCUCUCUUUUCAUUCACUGCUCUUCUUCUUCUUCUUCUUCUUCUUCUUCUCCUUCUCAACCAUUCUUCUUCAGUCUCUCAGCUUCUAUUUCGAUUCUCCCACCCAUUUUCUCGUUACCAUUUCCGCAGAGCUUCAAUCUUGCUCUGCGGCUGAUUGCACAAGUGGCCGUGCUUUACGCUUGAUCGAAUUAUUGCGCCAAUUCUUAUUAGAGAUGAGAGCUGCCCCCGCCCAUAUCUCCUUUUUGCCAAAUGGUAGUCACAUCACUACUCAAAGGGUUCAGGUUUCAUUCCAAAGGAAACUCUUUUCUUGCCGAGCAAAAUCUGAUUCUGAGAUAGAUGGAUCAGCCAACUUAAAGGUUGUAUCUCCAGCCCUUUUAACAGCAGAAAAAGAAGAGGCCAAGGCAGUUUUAACCUUGUUUCUAAAGAAGCAAGGUCUAAGCACUGCAAUUGCUGCAAGAACAAUAAACAAGUCCGAUAGCUUCGUCAACCAUCUUGUCUUAACGCUUCAUUUGAUUCAUAAAUCUCGGUAUCUAGUAGGACGAGAGUUGACGACACUUGAAAUUAGAGAUGCUUUGAAUCCUUAUCUUGAGUCCCUUUUUGAAGAGCAUGGGACUCAUCUUGUGCAUGCUGUGGAAAACUUUCCAAACCCUCCUAUUAAGGAAAAGACUGCUACAACAGUUCCUGUCUCAAAUUCAACAAUUGACACGAAGAAGCUAAAAGCCAUCUCUCGAGUGAGUGAGCUAGAUCCUACUGGAAAUCUCCGACCAGAGAUUCUUUACCUGAUUGAGCAUGGCUUAAAUCUUGAUCAGAUUAAAGAAAUUACUCGCAAAUUCCCUGCUUUUGCUUACUACAGCUUGGAGGGAAAAAUAAAGCCUGUGAUCGAGUUUUUUCUUGAUCUUGGGGUACCAAAAUCUGAAAUCCCUAUUAUCCUCUACAAGAGGCCUCAGUUAUGUGGAAUUAGUCUGAGUGAAAAUCUAAAACCAACGAUGAUAUUCUUAGAAAAUUUGGGUGUGGACAAGAAAAAAUGGGCGAAAGUGAUAUACCGUUUUCCAGCAAUUCUCACCUACAGCAAACAGAAGGUCGAGACAACUAUUAAUUUCCUAUAUGAAUUGGGACUCUCAGAAGAGAGGGUUGGUAAAAUAUUGACCCGCUGUCCAAACAUCACGAGUUAUAGUGUUGAGGAAAAAUUAAGGCCCACGGCCGAAUAUUUUCACUCUCUGGGAGUCGAUGCUGCUGUCCUUCUGUAUCGUUGCCCACAGACAUUUGGUCUCAGUAUUGAGGCUAGUUUGAAACCAGUGACACAAUUUUUCUUGGAUAGAGGUUAUAGCAUGGAAGAUGUUAGAACCAUGAUCUCAAGAUAUGCAGCCUUGUAUUCUUUCAGCUUAGCUGAUAAUUUAGAACCUAAAUGGGAUUUCUUUCUAACCAUGGGGUAUUCAAAAGCAGAGCUAAUCAAAUUCCCCCAAUAUUUUGGUUACAGUUUGGAGGGGAGAAUCAAACCAAGGUAUGCAAUUAUGAAAAAGAGCCAGGUGAUGUUGUUACUGAACCAGUUGUUAACAUUAUCAGAAAGCAAUUUUGACAAGGUGGUAAUAAAGAAAGUGAACAAGUUGCUUCUCAAGAAUUGACCGACUUUCUACAAGAACUAUAGUAUUAUACCGGGAAGCUUUUAUGAUGAGAUAUCUGGCCUUGUAAGUUACUAUCUUGCAGUGGCCUGGUCUGCAACAAGAGUUACCGUGUCUCGUGACGACAGAAUCGGCUUAUAAGAAGGGAUUAAUACAUCAUGUGGUUCAUUUUUUAAUUCUACACUUUUCAUCUUACUGUGAACUUCCAUGAGAAAGUGUGGAUAUGGGAAGACGGAAUGCUCGGGGUGAGCUUUGUGUACUUGGCCUGGAGAUGCCUUAUUGAAUCUCGAUUGAUCCAUCUCUUUGGUCUUCAUUUCCCACCAAUGUAAUAAUUCUAGUCCUUACGUCAUAGAUUGUACAAAAUUUCAAAUUUUGGGGAAAAUGUGAAUUCUAUAUUUUAAAGAUAA